AUGGAUGUUCAAACAUGGUAUUUCAGAACCUCAAAGCUGGCCCUGGCCUUGGCAAUUAUCCGCUCAAAACCAGCAGAGAAAAGCAGCAGAGAAUAUACAGAGUACCUGGCUACACUGGUAUCUGAGCAGGAGUCCAAGCAGAGGUCCAAAGUGGCAGCCUUGGAAGCUGAAGUACUGCAGUUACAUCAAAAACUUCUUCUGAGUAGGAUUUGUGCAGAAUCCUUUAAGAAUGGUGAGUACAUGAAAUCACUUUCUGCUCAGGAACCUACAAGUUCUCAAAAUACAUUAACUCUGAUGGAUGAUUCUGGCUGUGAUUUAUCAAACGAGCAAAGAACUGAGCCUUCAGAGCUGUCCCUGCAUUCUGUGGAGAGCUGCACCCCCUUACCCUUUUUACCACUGCCUCUUGUGAAAAGACCUUGUGCUACCACAGAAAAUCCUCUGUCUUCUCACAUGCAAUUCUUGCAGCAUCUGCUUGAAUUAAAGAAACUGACAGAGUCAGGUACUUUGAAAACAGACUUAAUUCACCUUGAAAAAGAUUCUUCCACUGUCUCUGAUUCUGUUUUGCAGUUGCUAGAUGGCCUGAUCACUUUUUACCGUAACCCACAGCUUCCUUUUUCUAAGUUUUGGACAGAAGCUGUUGGAACUUUAGCUAGUCUGACCAGUGAUUGCAACUUAUCUAAUCAUGUACUUAAAAAGUGUUACAAGAAGUUGGAAGAAUUUGAGAAAACCCUACUGCAGGCUCUUUUAGGGAAUAACAAUAUAAAUCGGUUUCAGGUGCAACAUUAUAUCGCUCAGAGUCUGGUAACCCUAGGAAGUUGCAGCUUGUUGAGAAAAUCUAUUGUAUCUCUACUUCUGUCAGAAGUAAACAGCUUUGCUGAUGAUCUGGGAGCCAUUGAUCAGGUGCAAGCCAGUUAUGAUGUCACACGCUAUGAAAAUACUUUCUGCCUGUUCUGGAUUCUGGAGCAACUUCUUCAAAUUGAAACCAAAAAAGACCACACCUCAUGUAAAGAUCAUGAUGACCCAGAAAUCAAGAAAUUUCUUCAGAAGCAUGAUAAAGCUAUCUUUCAGCUCUCUGAUGCAUUUCCUUUAUUUGCUUUUUAUUUAUGGAGACUGGGCAUUCUCUUGAACUCAGCAGAGAUAGAAGCUUCUAAAAAUAACUUACUUCCUUCGUGA